AUGUUAUCAACGAUCAUUACGAAGUUUUGUUCAAUUCAAUCAUGUGAACAAAAGAUUGAUGUACAUUGUUACCACUGUGAAAAUGAUAUGUGUGGCGAACAUUUUUUCGAACAUCAGCAAUUAUUAAACUUUCAAAAUGAACCGUUAUUGAUUGAUACACUCAAUGAACUUGUUGAUCAGACAAAUCGUUUAUCCCUAUCAACAAACAGGAUGGCAGCAAAAGUAUUAGGAACUGAAGAAAUAACAAAUGAUAGCGACGAUUUUAAAAAACAAAUUAUCAAACAAAAAUCGAAAUCAAAUAGAAAAAAAAAAUCUUUUCAAACGAGGAAAAAGGCAACACUAAAAGUGAAAGUUCUUCAAGAUAGUAGUACAAAUCAUUUUUAUAAUUUACGUACGCGAAAAACUAUAAAUAAACGUACAUCACUAGGAUCAAAAGGUCAUAAUACUGCUCUUCGAUUAACCGAUAGUGAUAAUUCGUGUACAACAAUAUUAAGAAGUGGAUCAACGAGACAAGGCAAAAAAUGUAAUCGAAAACUUCCAUGUCCUUAUCAUAGUUAUAUAUUUUAUGAAUGA